ACACUUUUUCGUUACACUUUUUUGCCGAAUGACCCUUCAAUACAGACGUAUUUACGUCAAAAAUCAAGGCGUUUUAUUUGAAACUACGCUCUAAUCUAAUAAACAAGUGAACAAGCAGAGAAGAAAGGAAACUACGUUUCAAACCAUGUGAAUGUGUUUUAAUAAUCAUGAUGAACAGAACGUGCAUUGGAUUGUAUGGCUCUAGUUUCUUUUGUGAAUAAUGAGUCACAAGAUCCCUCAGUCGAUUCUCUGAAAGUUCGGCGUCUUCACCUUAAAAGUGCGGGCAUCACGACGCUAGAAGCCAACGUGUUCAGUUCAGAGGCAAAACUGUGGUUCCUUGACAUAAACAACAAUUUUCUCGAGACUUUGGAUCACCGGUUAUUCAAGAAUAUGACCAAACUCUUGCAUCUCAAUUUGACAAACAACAAGUUGAACUAUUUACAAGAUGCACGACUGUUUGAAUCACAGAGCAGGCUUUUUUUUUGCUCAGGAAUGGGGCCAUUAUUAUUUAGGACCAUGUAUUGUACAUGGUGGUGGAAAUGUUUAAUGCUUUUCCAAGCAUUGGAGAUCGCAUCUGCCUGCGUACCUACGUUCACAAGAAGUUGCAAAUACGAUAUUAAGAGGAAAUCACUUGAUUGUACCAACGUUAAUCUGGGCUCCUUGAAGAUCAGUAAAAUGUUAGAUACGCCCACGAAUAUUCAGUUUCUUCUGCUUGUGAACACAGGGCUUAAGAAUCUUGAAGGCGACUCGUUCUCCGCCGUACCAAACUUGCUAAUCCUCAACAUGAGUAGCAACGCACUCGAGAUUUUAGAUCCCAACCUGUUCAGAGGGCUGACAAAAUUAAGAAGGCUGGAUCUUUCAAACAACAAACUGAAAUCUUUGUUUGAUUACCGGAUUUUCGUAUCACAAGGAAAUCUUUGGACACUUCGGCUACAAAAGAACCACGUCAGAACUGUUUAUUCUGACGUGUUAGCACCACUUAAGUCCCUACGUGUCUUGGAUUUGACAGAAAAUCCAUUUAUUUGCAAUUGUCACCUACGUCUCACAAUGAUGUGGUGUCAAGAUAGAAAGCUGAGAACAAAUGCCAAAUGUCUAUAUCCCCUUAAACAAAAAGGAUCCCCAUGGUACGUGCUUAAUUAUCUCGCAAAUUGUGCAGAAAAAGACACAAAUGAAGUAAAUGAAGAUGAUUAUAUACCAGUAACAGAAAUAUUCGAUCCAGAAUCGGUAACAAAACUAGGUAGUGAGGAAGCUAUCAUAGAAUUAAUUAAUGAAGAACCCAUAAAAGAAUUGAUUAGUGAAGAACCGAAUAUAGAUUUAAUUAAUGGAGAACCGACAAUAGAAUUAAAUAAUGAAAAACCGACAACAGAAAUAAGUACUAAAGAAUCGACAACAGAAAUAAGUACUGAAAAACCGACAACAACCGAAUGGUUUAGUGGGCUAUCAGUAUCGAUGAUGCUUGUUUACGUGUUCGUAGGAAUUUUAGCGAUGUGUCUUAUCGUCUUUGCUUCAUUGUACUGCUGGAGGAAAUUCAAAGACACGGGCAAUUUUCUUCAUUGUGAGUGUUUAUUAUGAAAACAGUAAUCAGUAUAAUGAAAAAUAUUACU